GUCGCCUCUUCCGGUGACGCCACUUCCGGCGGCGCCGCCGGCAGCGAUGGAGGUGACGGUGGGGACGGCGGCGCUGGCGGUGGCGCUGUUGGCGCUGCCGCUCCUCUACGAGCGCUGCGGUUCGUUCCGCUACUUCUGUAAGAUGGGGUUCUACAACGGGUGGAUCCUCGUCCUCGCCGUGGUCGCCAUUCCCCUCUGCGCCCUCCGCGGCCGCGACGUGGAGAACAUGAAGAUCCUGCGGGCGCUGCUGCAGCACGUGAAGCACCUGUACGGGAUCCGCAUGGGGGUGCGCGGGGCGCAGCACCUCCCCCCGCGCCAGCCCUACGUCGUCGUCAGCAACCACCAGAGCUCCCUCGACCUCCUGGGGAUGAUGGAGGUGCUGCCGGACCGGUGCGUGCCGAUCGCCAAGCGGGAGCUGCUGUACAUGGGCGCCGUGGGGCUGGCGUGCUGGCUCGGCGGCAUCAUCUUCAUCGACCGCAAGCGCCCGCGCGACGCCAUCGGCGUCCUCGCCCAGGCCGCCGACACCAUGCUGCGCCACGACGUGCGGGUGUGGGUGUUCCCCGAGGGGACGCGGAACCACGAGGGGUCGAUGCUGCCCUUCAAGCGCGGAGCCUUUCACCUCGCAGUGCAGGCACAGGUUCCGGUGGUUCCCAUCGUCAUUUCGUCCUAUCGGCAUUUCUACAGCAAACGGGAGCGGCGCUUCACGGCCGGUGAGAGCUGUGGGGCGGCCAUGGGGCGGCCGUGGGGCUGGAGGGGGCGUGGGGAGGGCUGUGGGGCAGCUGUGGGGCGGCCGUGGGGCGGCUGUGGGGCUGGAGGGGGUGUGGGGAGGGCUCUGGGUCGCUAUGGGGCAGCCAUGGGUCUCUAUGGGGCAGCCAUGGGGCCGGACGAGGAGGUUUCAGCUUUGUGUGAGUUUCCUGGUGGGGUCAUGGGUGGCUCUCGGGGCUCGGGGGACGCCGUGGGGCAGCUCUGGGUGGUUGUGAGUCGCUAUGGGGCAGCCGUGGGUCACUAUGGGGCAGCUGUGGGUCGCAGUGGGGCACCUAUGGGUUGCUAUGGGGCAGCCGUGGGGCCGGACGAGGAGCUUUCAGGUUGGUUUGGGUUUCCUGAUGGGGUCACGGGCAGCUUUCGGGGCUCCGGGGAUGCUGUGGAUCGCUAUGGGUCGCUAUGGGGCAGCUGUGGGUCGCUAUGGGGCAGCUGUGGGUCACUAUGGGGCAGCCGUGGGGCCGGACGAGGAGCUUUCAGGUUGGUUUGGGUUUCCCGGUGGGGUCGUGGGCGGCUCUUGGGGUUCUGGGGACGCUGUGGAUCGCUAUGGGUCACUAUGGGGUAUCUAUGGGUUGCUAUGGGGCAGCUGUGGGUCGCUAUGGGGCAGCCGUGGGGCCGGAUGAGGAGCUUUCAGGUUGGUUUGGGUUUCCUGGUGGAAGCACAGGCGGCUCUCGGGGCUCGGGGGAUGCCGUGGAUCGCUAUGGGGCACUAUGGGGCAGCUGUGGGUCACUAUGGGGCAGCCGUGGGUCGCUAUGGGGUAUCUAUGGGUUGCUAUGGGGCAGCCGUGGGGCCGGACGAGGAGCUUUGAGGUUGGUUUGGGUUUCUUGAUGGGGUCACAGGCGGCUUUUGGGGCUCGGGGGACGCUGUGGGUCGCAGUGGGGCACCAAUGGGUCGCUAUGGGGCAGCCGUGGGGCCGGACGAGGAGCUUUCAGGUUGGUUUGGGUUUCCCGGUGGGGUCAUGGGUGGCUCUUGGGGUUCUGGGGACGCUGUGGGGCAGCUCUGGGUCACUAUGGGGCAGCCAUGGGUCGCUGUGGGGCAGCCGUGGGUCGCUAUGGGGCAGCCCUGGGUCGCUAUGGGGCAGCCAUGGGGCCGGACGAGGACCUUUCAGGUUGGUUUGAGUUUCCUGAUGGGGUCACGGGCGGCUC